GGCGAAGAAGACGAGGCACGCCAUGAUGUUGAAUCGUGGGUCCAGUAUGCUGUCUCGUGCCGUGUGUCGGUGCUUCGAGUUCUAAACGAGGAUGCUGAUUAUCCUCGUUUGGAGAUAUCCAACAGCAGUAUCAUCUCCAAGGACUUGACAAGGCUAGAGCUUUAUCAUCUGGCAUUUGGCGCAAGCCGUCUAGAUCUUAUCAGCUGCGAGGCACUAGAGGUGUUAGAGAUAGAUGGUUGUUCUAUCAACAUUGGGGAUAACUUACCCAAAUCUUUACGGCAUCUGAAAAUCAGAGAUUCGGAUCUUUAUUCCAUGCAAACACCACGGAAUUGCCUUUCUGCUCCAGGAUUAACAUGCAGUGUAAAGAUGCUUGUACUCAUAUUAAGUACCUUGCGGAUUGUGGUGAUGAGUCAUGUCAAGGAUGCUAUGGUGAAGAGGAUCAUUGUCUACUUCUUGAAGGUUUGGCGGGCGCUACAAAUUUAGAGCUGAUAAGUCAAUAUUCUGUGAUUUUCAGAAAAGACUUGAAAUGGUGCCCUAUGUUUAGCAAGCUAAAAACAGUGUUGCUCAAUGAAUGGUGUUUGACUGCAAACUUCACUGGACUACUUUACUUUCUUCAGCACGCACCAAUUCUAGAAAAGCUUACCCUUCAACUUCCAUCUUGCAAGGAUUUUGACAUUGGAUCAAAUGGAAGCUACAGCCCAGCGGAAUAUUUCUUGGUGUCAAAGCAUCUCAAGGUAGUUGAAAUCCAUUGUAGCAAGGAGGAUGAAUGGACUUGUCAAAUUGUGAACAUCCUUGGCACUCAUGGAGUAACUUCUGUACGGAACAGGGAGGAUGAAUGGAUUUGUCAAAUUGUGAACAUCCUUGGUAUUCAUGGAGUAACUUCUGCGCAAAUUAGCAUCAAACAUGAUUCUCGGAAUUCUUUCAGGUUCAGUUUCCAGCAGACGAAGUAGAUCAGAUGGUCUACUGUUCCUGGUUAUUCAGGCUUCGAUGUCCCUGAAUUAAUGUUCCCAGCAUGAGGUUGCUACGUGUAAUCUAUCUGGAUCGUGCGCUUGUCCCUGAUCCAUUCAUGUGCAGGAUGAACGCCCGUCGGGACGCAAUUUGAAUAGGUUCAAAUGUCGCUGCAGUAAUGUUGCACUUUUGGUCGGUGUCGGGCCUCAACUGAUUUACCUGUUGAAGGCCUAUGAUCUAUUUAUAUGUUUCAGCAAAGCAACCUGUAUGUCUAGCUUAACUUGUGUAAAAUGGUACCUGUUCUGUUAUAUGGAGUAAAACAUUUAUG